AUGCCAUUGCAAGGCAGUCAAGAUGAUUGUUCCAUUCUGUCUCUUCCUUCAAUUGACUCGCUUCACUCAGCCUCAGCAUUUUUCCUCCCCCCACCCUCUCGCUUCAUUGAAACCCCUCAUUGUGUUCCCCCUCCCCCCCCCCCUCCUCCCCCCCACCCCGCCCCACAAACCCCCCCACCCCUCCCCUCUUCCCCACCCCCGUCCCCUCCCUUCCAGGUGGGCAUGUUUGAGAUGGCAGCAUGCGGCAUGGUGCCAUUGCUCCACCCCAGCCUCGCCUUCCCCCUGCCAGCAGGGCAGGGGACGAUCGCAAUACCCAAUCUCACCUUCUUUCAACCUGUCGCCCCCGUCACUCCACCCCCGCUUGCCCACCCUACCAGGUGGCAGUGCCUCGCCUUCCCCCUGGCCACCCGCCCAGGGAUUGAUGGCAUGGCAAUACCCAAUUCUCCGCUCUUCUCAUCCCGUCGCCCCCGUCACCCUCUGUUGCCCCCCCGUCACCCUCCGUCGCCCCCCGUCACCCCGGCCACGCUUGCUCGCCUCGCCCUACUAGUGUUCGAGAUGGCAGCACGCGGCAUGGUGGCAGUGCCCAACCCCAGCCUCGCCUUCCUCCCUGCCAGUCGCACGCGGGGCAGUGCAGCGGUGGCUGUGGUGAUGCAUGGAAGCAGGCCGCUGCUGCUGGAGGUGCAGGCGCUGUGUGUGAAGGCCAUCCCCAACAUCCCCCCUACCAGGACAGCCAACGGGGUGGACAUGUAUCGACUCACAAUCCUCACCAAGGUCAUGCGCCACGUUGGCCUGGCCAUCGGCUCUCGAGAUGUAGUGGUGAACGUGGUUGGGGGCAUGCAGGUCAAGGAGCCGGCUGCUGACCUCGCCAUUGCAGUUGCCAUCGCCAGCAGCCUUUUCGAGAGCCCGGUGCCAGCAGACACAGCCUUCAUUGGCGAGAUUGGGCUCAAUGGGGAGUUGAGAGGGGUGACUCAGCUGGAUCGGCGGGUGAAUGAGGUGGCGAAGCUUGGCUUUUCUCGAUGUGUUGUGCCAGCGAAGCAGUGGAAAGGGCAAGCAGCACCCAGUGGAUGUGAAGUGGUGAAAUGUGAGGGACUGCGAGAUGCACUGAAGGCAGUAGGGAUCCAAAGCACGGGUUAUGGGGGGAAAAGGACGGCUAAAGAGGAAAACAUUUAUGAGGAGGAAAUUAACGAUGAGGAUGAUGACCUACUGCUGCGCUGCAGCAUCUCUAUCGUCCUUUCUCCCCACCUCCCUUUCCUCCCCUUCCCCCCUCUUCCGCAUCGUCGUUGCCCUCUCCUCCGCUUCUUCCGCCAACCCCUGCUUGCGCCGCCAAUGGCGUCCCUUGCAGCGCAAAAUCUCUCACGCGAGCUGGGCGCGCUUUCCGCCCAGCGUUCCGGCGUCGCGGAUUUCCCUGUCAGACGAACGUCUGUUCCUCUAGCGGGUGUGACUAAAACGACUCGCCGUGUGCGGGCGAAUGCGGACUCCAGCAGCAGCAACAGGAGCGAAUCGCAAGGCAUGCCGUCGAGUGCGGUCAGCCGUCGAUCGCUGCUCGCAUUGUCCCUCUCCGCGGCGACUCUCGCGCCGCUCCUGUCGCCGUCGCUUCCCUCGUUGAGUCCGGUGGCCCCAGCAUACGCUGCUGACGUGGAUCUGUCCCCUGCUGAGCUGGAGGCGGCAGUGCGGCGAGCAGUGGCGAAGGUGGUAACCAGAGCCAAGGCGCCUGGCGCGCUGAGAAUCGUGUUUCACGACGCGGGCACAUACGAUCUGGCGACCAACACAGGCGGAAUGAACGGGUCGGUGCGCUUUGAGUUGAAGCGGCCAGAGAAUGACGGGCUCAAGCGCACCAUCAAGGUGCUCGAGAAGGCUCGCCUGGAGCUCGGGCCCCUGACAAACGUGGUGUCCUGGGCGGAUCUCAUGGCAGUGGCAGGGGCAUACGCAGUGGAGUCGUGUGGUGGGCCGCACAUCCCUGUGCGCAUGGGCAGGCGGGAUGCCAGCGGUUCCGACCCUGAGAACCGCAUGCCAGCAGAGACGCUGAACGCCAAGGAGGUGGUAGCGAGCUUCAAGACAAAGGGCUUCAGUCUACAGGAGACGGUGUGUCUACUGGGAGCGCACACACUGGGAGGGAAGGGCUUUGGUGAUGCCACCAGCUUUGACAACGCCUACUACUCCAUUCUGCUGACCAAGCCCUGGCUCGACACGAGGAACAGCAUGGCGGACAUGAUUGGGUUGCCAUCAGACAAGGCUAUUGUGGACGAUGAAGACUGCCUCGUGUGGAUCAACAAGUACGCCAAUGACCAGGACCUCUUCUUCCGGGACUUUGUGCCAGCCUACACCAAGAUGGUCAACAGCGGGGCUGUGUGGGCAUGA